AUGAGUGCACCCGGGUCGAGCACAAAGCAGGAUGCGCAUAAUCACUCCGCCUCCGGUGAUGAUGAAUACACUCCCAGAACACCUCGUCGCACUCCAAUGGCAUGUCAAUUUUGCAGAGGCCGCAAAAUGAAGUGCGAUGGUCGUCAAGUGUGCUCUAACUGCAACCGCCGUGGCAUCGCAUGCACGUAUGCGCCAGUUGAGUCUAAUAAAGUCAACUAG